AUGGCACCACCUCCUGAUGAUGAAAAUAUGCUAAAAAUUUUAUUGGCUACAGACAUACAUCUGGGUUACAUGGAAAAAGAUCCUAUAAGAGGCAACGACUCCUUAGUUUCUUUUGAAGAAAUUUUAGAAAUCGCCAAGAAGAAAGAUGUUGACUUUGUUUUACUUGGAGGUGAUUUGUACCAUGAUAAUAAACCAAGUCGGAAGACAUUACAUGGUAGUAUAGCCUUACUGCGACGUUACUGUAUGGGUGAUCGUCCUAUUCAGUUUGAAUUUCUCAGUGAUCAAUCCAUUAAUUUUGACCACUGUCAAUUCCCAACUUUAAAUUAUGAAGAUCAAAAUUUUAAUGUCAAUAUGCCUGUGUUUUCUAUUCAUGGUAACCAUGACGACCCUACUGGUCAAGGCAAUCUGUGCUCAUUAGACCUACUUCAUUCUGCUGGACUGGUCAAUUACUUUGGUAAGACUACAUCAUUAGAAAAAAUUCAGUUAUCUCCCUUGUUGUUGCAGAAGGGAAACACAAAAUUGGCCUUAUAUGGACUGGGCUCUGUGCGUGAUGAGAGACUUCAUCGUAUGUUUGUUCAUAAAAAUUGUGCCAUGUUACGUCCAAAGGAAAAUAAAGAUGACUGGUUUAACUUGUUUGUCAUUCAUCAAAAUCGUUCCAAACACACGGCCACUAAUUAUAUUCCUGAACAGUUUUUAGACGAUUUUCUUGACCUUGUGUUUUGGGGUCACGAACAUGAGUGUCGUAUUGAUCCAGAAUGGAAUGGAAAUCAAAAUUUCUAUGUGACUCAACCUGGGAGUAGUAUAGCUACUUCACUGAGUGAAGGUGAAUCCAAAGAGAAACAUGUUGGUUUGUUAAUGAUUAGGGGAAAAGAUUUUAAAUUAACUAAAAUACCAUUAGAGACAGUAAGACAGUUUUAUAUUGAAGAUGUUGUUUUAAGUGACACAACUUUAGAUCCCAAUGAUCAUGAUGUCGGUCAAAAAGUUGAAAGUUACUGUCAACAAAAGGUUGAAAAUCUUCUUCUAAAAGCAGAGGCUGAACAUACAGGAAAUGCUAAACAACCAGAUAAACCAUUAAUAAGAUUACGUAUUGAUUAUUCUGGUGGAUUUGAACCAUUUAGUGUGUAUAGAUUUGGUCAGAAGUUUGUAGAUAAAAUAGCUAACCCUAAAGAUAUAGUCUUAUUUCAACGAAAGAAAGUACAUUCAAUCAAAAAAGAUGAUGGUGAUGAAUUAGAGUUAUUAGCUAAAAUUAAACCACAAUCAUUAGAUAGUGCUAGAGUUGAAGAUAUGGUUCGGGACUAUUUUACUAAAGUUGAAAGUGGUAGUAAAUUACAAGUAUUAACUGAGAAAGGUAUGGGAGAUGCUAUAAAGGAAUAUGUUGAUAAAGAAGAAAGAGAGGCUAUAUCUGAAUUGGUCAAGUAUCAAGUUGGAAAAACACAGAAAUAUCUAAAACAACGAAAUGCAGAUGAAGAAGUAAUCGAUGUUGAAAUAUGUCGGUUCCGAGAUGAACGAAAGGGAAAGAAACAAGAAGAGGAAGAAAUACAAGAAGCUAUGAAACUAGCUCAGGCCAAACGUUCUUCUCAAGAUGAUAAGGAUGAGAAUGAUAAUGAUGCCUCAGUUAUUGAUUCUGAGGAUAGUGAUUCAUCCUCUACUGCUAGUCGUGGUAGAGGACGUGGUCGUGGAAGAGGUAGUAGAGCUAGAGGUUCAACAUCUAGUCAGACUUCAACUCGUGGUAGUCGAGGUGGUCGUGGUAAAAAGACACCAGUGGUAGAAAACAAUACCAUUACCAAUUCAUUUUCUAAAUUCAAAAGAUCUCCUAGAGGUGCUAGUAAUAAAUCGUAA